AUGCAAUCCAGCCUUCCAAACCUUGACAUUACCAUCCCACCCGCCUUCACUCCAUUCCCAGGCGAUUUCCUCAGUCUCCCAAUCCCAGAAGACGACCAACUCUGGGGCCUAAGCCCCAUCUCCCCAAUGGCAAACUGGGACAAAACCGACUUCUCGCACUCUCUCGAGCACGAUCUCAAAAACGCACAAGUCCGCAACGGCCAACCAACACCACCGCCAUACGACGACACCCGACUAGACCACGAAAGCGCCACCAAGCGCCGGCGCCCCCGACUUCGCCGACGACGGCCCCCAGACCGCGCCAAGCGCGCAAAGUUCCUCGAGCGCAACCGUCUCGCCGCUUCCAAAUGCCGCCAGAAGAAAAAAGAACACACUCUGCAGCUCGAGGUCAGCUUCAAAGAACAGUCGGACAAGAAGGAGAAUCUGGUGGCCGAGAUUGCGCGUCUGCGUUCUGAGAUCCUAGGGCUGAAAAACGAGGUCCUGAAACAUGCGCAGUGUGGCGAUGAGCCGAUUAAGUUGCAUCUUGCGCAGAUGGUGAAGAAAAUUACGGAUAUCGAUGGCCCGCUGGAGAAGGCUGUGGAUGUCGAUACUACGGCUGCGGAGCAGCAGGCGGGGGUGCCGGUUUCGGCGCCCCAGGCGCUGUCGUUUGGCUUUGAUGAUCCCUUGCAGCUUGAGCCUGCGGCUUCGGCGGCCGCUGAGGCGUUUGAACAACAGAUGCGUAGGGAAGCUGAGGUAUCGCUUGUUCCGGAGGGGUCUUAUUCUUUUUCGACGGAGGAUCCGACGUUUGAUGAGUUAAUUAAUGCGCCUUGA